UUUUGGUUACUACAAAACUAUCGCCUCUCGCAUUGCCCUGGAGGCGAUGAGGAUAUUUUGGGAACAAAUGGAAUUUCAUGGUUAAUCUGCUACUGCUUUAUUCCCUCUCCUAAUAUACGAAAGCCUAAGCUUAAACCUAUAACAUUGUCUACACUAGUGCAUUUGCGAUGGGGACAGCUAGUAUAUGUUCCCCCCCUAGGCUCCGUUUAAAGUCUUAUUGUUUAGCUGACAAACGACUUGCUAGGCCCUCAAUUUCAAGUUGGCACUCUGCUAUUGCUACUGUAUUAGGGACAGCAAAUCCUUGCUGCAAACAAACUUGA